UAUAAUGAUAAACGUCCAACAAAAAGAAAAAGAAAUCAACAAUGGUUUCACUGCGCUUCCCAUUCUUGUUUUCUCAGCCCAUACGCCCCAGCGUUAUUUCCUAUGCCACCACCUCCCGCUCCUUCUCUGCGGCCACCGUCGUGGUAUGCACUGUCGCCGCUGGAGCUGCUGCAUUUUCCGGCGUAGCAGCAAUUCAAAAUCCCACAAAUACAAGAGACUCGUUUCUGCAGACAGCACUGAAUUUUCUCCUUCCUAAUCACUCCUCACUGCCAUGGGGAUCACUCUCUCUAGCAGACGCUUCGCCUGCUCUUGUGGAAUCGAAGACCGGUGUGUCAUUUCCUUCGGUUGUUUCUGAAUCCCGGAGGCUUUUGGGGAUUGGAUUAAGGAGAAAGAGUGUUUUGGGAUUGAAGAACAUUGAUGUCUAUGCAUUUGGUGUUUAUGCUGAUGAUGAUCAAGUGAAAAAUGUUCUAGGUGAGAAAUAUGGAAAACUAUCCAUUUCUGAACUCAAGGAGAACAAGGAAUUCAAAGAGGAUCUCAUGGAAUUAGAUAUUUUCAUAACUGUUAGACUCCAAAUAGUCUAUAGUAGACUAAGCAUUCGCUCUGUACGAAGUGCUUUUGAAGAAUCCGUUGGAAGCAGACUGCAAAAGUUCGGGGGGCCAGAUAACAAGGAACUGCUUCAGAGGUUCACUUCUCAGUUUAAGGAUGAAUAUAAAAUACCACGAGGCUCUGUGAUUGAGCUGUCUAGGGAAAAAGGCCAUGUGCUUCGAACAACCAUUGAUGGGAAGGAGGCAGGAAGCGUACAGAGUAAAGUCCUUUGUCGAUCAAUUUUAGAUCUAUAUAUUGGUGAGGACCCAUUUGAUAGACAGGCCAAGGAAAAUAUUGAAAGCAAAUUGGCAUCUCUCCUUCAAAAUUGAGUCAGUGAACUGAUCAAUUCCAUUCUAUGAUCUGUAUUUUGAGUACUAUUAUCCUGUUUUUUGUUGAAGUGGUACGAUAUCCUUUCGAGCUGGAGAUCAAGGCUUAGGGAAGUGAUCCAAGCACGUUGAAUUUGUGUUUUGUUCGCAAGCCUAUACUAUUUGGUUUUGAUUGAUUGUCAAAAAUGAUAUAUAAAGAGCAGAACGGCCUCAGGUUCAAAAUUUCUUGAAUCUGAACACCGUUCAACAAAUUAUCACUGGAGAAGAUUUUCAAAGUGCAUUAAUAUUAUGGCUUCAGAUACAUUCGUUUUGUUUUC